UAUCGUCUGCAAUUUGGAAUGUGGAGCAUUUGUCACCUGAGCACCAGGAAGUUCCAGUAAAAAGAAUAGUCACACUGCACCUAACCGAAUAAACAAUCCUUACUUGUUUUCUGCUGUUAAUGGACAAGUAAAAACAGAAUCGAGUAAUCCGACUUGUAUAUAUGCUUGGAAUGAGCAAUUUACAGUGAAGACAAGAAAGCAACAUAUAAGAGAUGACUAUAAAGUGCAAUGAAGACUGGAUGGCCUCUCUGCCACCUGGUCUCAGUACGUUGCCCUUGUCCAAUCUGGCAAUACCAGGCUCACACGAUUCAUUUAGCUUUUGGGUUGAUGAAAAGUCUCCAGUUGCACCAGACCAGGCAACGUCAAUUAAACGUUUAGCAAAAAUAUCUUUGGUGAAAAAAUUAAUGAAGAAAUGGUCUGUUACCCAAAAUUUAACAUUUAAAGAGCAGCUGGAGUCAGGCAUUCGCUAUUUUGACCUACGUGUAUCUUCAAAACCAGAGGAAACUGACCAAGAUAUUUACUUUAUACAUGGCUUAUAUGGAAUUAAAGUAUGGGAUGGACUAACAGAGAUUAAUCAGUUUUUGACAAUUCACAAGAAAGAGGUUGUUUUGUUGGACUUCAACCAUUUUUAUGCAAUGGAACAUGAGCAUCACUUGUAUCUUGUUAAUCUUUUGCAAGAAGCUUUUGGAAGUAAACUAUGUGCUGCUGAAUGUGUAGAGAACAUUACACUACAACAUCUGUGGGCUAAAAAAUAUCAGGUUCUGAUCUUCUAUCACUACAAUAUAUGGAAUGAAUAUUCAUUUCUGUGGCCAGGAAAUAAAAUACCAGCACCAUGGGCGAACACAACAAAUGUAAACAAGUUAAUUCAGUUUUUAGAGACAACACUUGGAGAACGCUCAAAAAGAGGGACCUUUCAUGUUUCACAAGCUAUUCUCACACCAAGGGCAAAAACUAUUUUUCGCGGGUUAAAAUCAGGAUUGAAAAAUACACUUGUUCACAGGAAUCUUCCAAUGAUCUUGAACUGGGUAAAAAUGCAGAAGCCAGGUGCCUUGGGUGUUAACAUCAUUACUUCGGAUUUUGUAGAAUUGGUUGACUUUGCAGAAACUGUUAUUGGAUUAAAUUAUCUUCUUUUAAAACGACAAAGAAUUUAAGACCAUAGCAAGCCGUUUUUUAAAUUACUACUAUUACUGUAAAUACUAAUAAAACUAUAUAUUAAGGGCAGACAGAAUCUAUAUGAUGUCAUAUCAGUUUCUUAACCCUUUCGCUGCUAAGCUGUAAAUUUCUUGGGAAUAAACUAUACAAACCAUAUAUUGUUUUUUUUUCAGCACACCCAGUAGAUUCCAAAUAUACCAUUUUUAUAUGUGUAUGUCUCAUUAGGUUUGCAAAAUAAAGCCAAAUAUGGGG